GUCGGCGUCGCCCUCCUCCCAUUGAGCGAGGCUGUGUCGCGUGGCCCAGCGUCGGCGUGACGGUUGGACGCGGGCGCGGCACUGCGGGUCCCGAUUGCUGCAGCCGCUUGUCAGUGUGAUGAAGAUUGGCACCCAGGCCGCAGAACCCGCUCCCCACCAUCGACUCCACCUCGGGACAUGCGGCUCUGCCCUGCCGGUGGCUCAGACACCGCUUGCUUUUGACUCAAGAUGAUUUGAUGUUUUAUAAAGAACUCACUCACCAUGAUGGCGACACAGACGCUGAGCAUAGACGGCUAUCAAGACGGGCAACAAAUGCAAGUAGUAACAGAGUUAAAAACGGAGCAAGACCCCACCUGCUCUGAACCAGAUGUGGAAGGAGUGAGCCCUCCCCCUGUGGGGUCCCAGACCCCGAUGGACGCAGACAAGCAGGCCAUUUAUAGGCAUCCACUGUUUCCAUUAUUAGCUUUGUUGUUUGAAAAAUGUGAACAAUCUACACAGGGCUCGGAAGGCACAACUUCUGCCAGUUUUGAUGUGGACAUUGAGAACUUUGUAAGGAAGCAAGAGAAGGAAGGAAAGCCCUUCUUUUGUGAAGAUCCAGAAACUGACAAUUUAAUGGUAAAAGCAAUCCAGGUUCUGCGUAUUCACCUUCUUGAGCUGGAAAAGGUUAAUGAACUCUGCAAAGAUUUCUGCAGUCGCUAUAUUGCUUGUCUGAAAACGAAAAUGAACAGUGAAACUCUCCUGAGCGGGGAACCCGGCAGCCCGUACUCCCCCGUCCCGUCCCAGCCGAUUCAAAGCGCCAUCACAGGCGCUCUCAGCCCCCAAGGAAUCGUGGUGCCAGCGUCCGCUCUGCAGCAGGGGAACGUCACCAUGGCAACAGUGGCAGGGGGCGCGGUCUACCAGCCGGUCACAGUCGUCACCCCCCAAGGCCAGGUCGUGACACAGGCGCUGUCGCCCGGAACGAUCCGGAUCCAGAACUCCCAGCUUCAGUUACAGUUAAACCAGGAUCUCAGCAUCUUGCAUCAAGAUGACGGCUCAUCUAAGAACAAGAGGGGGGUCCUGCCGAAGCACGCCACCAAUGUGAUGAGGUCCUGGCUCUUCCAGCACAUCGGGCAUCCCUACCCGACAGAAGAUGAGAAAAAACAGAUUGCUGCUCAGACGAAUUUGACACUACUCCAAGUUAACAACUGGUUCAUCAAUGCGAGAAGACGAAUCCUGCAGCCCAUGUUGGAUUCUAGUUGCUCAGAAACUCCAAAAACAAAGAAGAAAACUGCUCAGAACAGACCCGUCCAGAGGUUUUGGCCCGAUUCCAUCGCCUCAGGAGCCGCACAGCCAGCCGCCAGCGAGCUGACCGUGUCCGAAGGAGCCGUCGUGACCAUCACCGCGCCCGUGAGCAUGAACGUGGACGGCCUGCAGUCCCUGUCGUCGGACGGGGCCACGCUGGCGGUCCAGCAGGUGAUGAUGGCCGAGCAGAGCGAGGACGACUCGGUGGACAGCACGGGGGACGGCGGCGCGGCGCUGGCGGCCGGCCCCCUGCGCGGGCUGGCGCUGGAGAGCAGCGACUCCCUGCAGUAGGGCCGCCCGCCCCGCGCUUCGUGGUGGGCGCGGCAAACCCCUUACACAGUUUUAUUGCUAGUAUGUUUUAUAUGUAGGCAUAGAAGAGUGCACUUUUGUAUUUCCUAGUAAGCUUCCAGGGCGUCUUUGCUGGGGCAGCGACUUCUUUCAAGGUGUGUGCGUGCGUGUGUGUGUGUGUGUGUGUGCGCGCGUGUGUGUGUUUUUAAGGAAAUUCUUUCAAGGUUUAACGCUAAAAGUAUGUUGAGUGACAGAUCCUCUCCCCCGCCCCCCGAACCCCUGACUGAUUAAGGAAUAGUGCUGCCGUUUUCUAAAAAAUUAUGCAGUUUAAAUUUAGUUCUGUGGUGAAAGCAGGUCUCAGUGGGCUGAUUUAUCUGUGGAGCCCGUGGAUUAGGAAGAAGCUUCUGCCGCUGAAAAGUGCCAGUGCGGGGCGGACGACAACACACAGCGAUAAACCGCGUGUGACCUGGUGGCGGGUGUGCGGCGGGUUAAAUGUGCUUCCGUUCUCUCGGGUUCCGUGAGCCUGUGUCAUUUGCUAUAUGUGAAAAGAAACUCCUAUUUUUACCUUGCUGGAAUUAUUGGAUAAAAAGCUAUUUUUAUAAAUUCGUUAUGAAUUG